AUGCCAAGUCUGGAAGAAGUACAUUCUAUAAUUGCCAUAUAUGGCCCUACUAUAUUUUUCCAUCCCGAUGAGAUAUACUUUCCCUCAUCAGUUGCCUGGUUUUUCAAAAAUGGGGCAUUACUAUACAAGAGGGGCUCAUCCACACCCGAAGCAAUUGCAGAGGACGGUUCCAACCUCCCACAGGGCGGUGGGGCGGACGAAGAGUACUGGAUUGACCUACCCACAGACUCUGCCAAAGCUGAAAUGAUGAGGCGUGGAGAUUUAGAGAGUGCAGAGGUGUAUAUACAUGUGAAAUCAGUACUAGGAGGAACAUUUACAGAUGUUGUAAUGUGGGUGUUUUACCCCUUCAAUGGCCCGGCCACUCUGCAAUUGCUGGGGGCAGUGUCAUUACCGCUGAGUAAGAUUGGAGAGCAUGUGGGUGACUGGGAGCACGUAACGUUAAGGAUAGACAACUUCAGAGGGGAGUUGUGGGGAAUUUACUUUUCUCAGCACAGUGGAGGACAGUGGGUUAAAGCUGGGGAUUUGGAAUAUGUUGAGGGGAGUAAGAAAGCUGUGGUUUAUUCAUCCAAAAGUGGGCAUGCCAUGUUUUCUAGGGCAGGUUUGGUUGUUCAAGGGAACCAAAAGCUCGGAAUGGCCGGUAUCGCCAGCUACUCGGAGAAGAGUGCUUAUUUUGUGGAUACGAGCACAAAGUAUAAAAUUGUGGGUGCAGAGUAUCUCAAGGGGAUGGAGAGCAGUGAAAAAGUUGCAGAGCCAGUGUGGUUGAACUAUGCAAGGAAAUGGGGACCCAAGAUCACAUAUCCCAUUUCGAAAGUGCGGGGGUAUAUUGAUUUGCCACGACAGGUUUUGGGAGAGGAUGGGCCGGCUGGACCCAAAUGGAAACGGGACUGGUAUGAAGAUGAGAAUGUUGAAGAGUUAUUACAGUCCUACUAAUGUAAGAAGACGUAUUCAAGUCUAAUGGUGGAAUUUUGCGCGGA